AUGGGUGUUGUUGGUAUCGCUGUUAGCCGAGGCGUUCGGGAUGACAAUCUUGCAAAGUACCCCGGAAAACUCACAUGUUACGUGGUCAUAACAUUAAUGGCUGCAGCCAUGGGAGGAUUGAUUUUUGGUUAUGAUAUUGGUAUAUCAGGUGGAGUUACUUCCAUGGCGCCUUUUCUGGAAAAAUUCUUUCCAUCUGUUUACCAUAAACAGAUGGAUGAUACGUCGACUAAUCAGUACUGCAAGUUUGACAGCCAAAUCUUGACACUGUUUACAUCUUCCCUCUAUUUGGCUGCCCUUGCAGCAUCCUUUUUUGCAUCCACAGUCACUAAGAAAUUUGGUCGUCGAAAGUCAAUGUUGUUUGGUGGAAUAAUUUUCUUGGUGGGUGCCAUCAUCAACGCUGCAGCAGUGCACAUCAGGGAAAGGAAGAGGAAGCAAAAGCACUGCUCAAAGCGCAUUCGUGGAGUUGACAACGUUGAUGCUGAAUUUAGUGAUAUUCUUGCAGCCAAGAAUGAAGCAAGACUAGUGCAGAAUCCAUGGCAAAAUAUCUUAAAGAGGUGGUGCUAUCGUCCUCAGCUGGUCAUGUCCAUCUUGAUCCCUUUCUUCCAACAACUUACUGGAAUCAACGUGGUUAUGUUCUAUGCCCCCGUGCUCUUUAAAACCAUUGGAUUUGGAAGCAAUGCUUCUCUCAUGUCAGCUGUUAUUUCUGGCAUUGUAAAUGUCGUUGCGACUUUAGUGUCUGUCGCGUACGCUGAUAAGUGGGGCAGAAGAAUUCUUUUCCUUGAAGGAGGUGUCCAAAUGCUUAUCUUUCAGAAUGCAGUUGCAGCUCUUAUUGGAGCCAAAUUUGGUGUGACGGGAGACAUGACUUCGCUGCCAAAGUGGUUUGCCAUAGUGGUGAUGAUAUGCAUCUGGGUCUAUGUUGCCGGUUUUGCAUGGUCUUGGGGGCCAUUGGGAUGGCUUUAUCCAAGUGAGAUUUUCUCGUUGGAGGUCAGGUCGGCAGGGCAGAGUAUUAAUGUAGCAGUGAACAUGUUCUUCACAUUCUUAAUAGCUCAGGUGUUCCUUUCGAUGCUGUGCACGAUGAAGUUUGGUCUCUUCAUCUUCUUUGCAUUCUUUGUGGUGCUGAUGACCAUCUUUUCUUACUUCUUCAUGCCUGAGACGAAGAAUAUUCCUAUUGAAAAAAUGACACAAGUAUGGAGAGACCACUGGUUCUGGAAAAGAUAUAUGAACGAUCCUAAUGAUCCAGUCAAUAAAGCAUUGGAGCUGAAUACGACGGAACAAAUCUGA